AUGGCCCAGCUCUUCUUCCUCAUCUGGUCUGGGUCCUCCGAGCUACUGCUGCUCUCAGUCAUGGCCUUUGACCGCUAUGUGGCCAUCUGCCGCCCACUGCACUAUGGUGCCAUCAUGAGCCCAGGGGUGUGCAUGGCACUGGCUGGGAGUGUGUGGGGGAUCUGUGCCCUGAGUGCCUCACUCAACACAGGUUUGACUGCCAUGCUGACCUUCUGCGGGCCCCGUGUCAUCGAGCACUUCUUCUGUGAGAUCCCCCCACUGCUGCUGCUCUCCUGCAGCCCCACACGACUGAACAGCAUCAUGACUCUCCUGGCCGACGGGUUCUAUGGCUUCACCAACUUCAUGCUGACUCUGGCCUCCUAUGUCUGCAUCGUGGCCAGCAUCCUGCGCAUCCGCUCUCGGGAGGGCAAGCGCCGUGCCUUCACCACCUGCUCCUCCCACCUCAUUGUGGUCUCUGUGUACUACUCGGCCGUGUCCUGUGCCUACAUCAGCCCCGCUUCCAGCUACAGCCCCGAGAGGAGCAAAGCGGCUGGGGUGAUGUACACUGUGCUGAGUCCCACCCUGAACCCACUGAUCUACUCCCUCAGGAACAAGGAUGUUCACCGUGCCCUGGGCAAGCUGCUCCCCUUCUGUCAAAGGUGA